AUUCUACAGGCAUUGUUCGAGCUGAACCGAAAAAGAAAGUGGAAUGCGAAAGACAUGAUGUAGGCGCUGCUGUGACACACAGGAUGUCCGCAGUUCUAGCUCCUCGUGGUGACCCGAUCCUUGCAGAUCCGAGUUCCCUGCCUUAUCGCGAUGCUCGUUCAGCAGCUGGUAGCAGCAGCAGCAGCAGUGACCUGUCGGUUCUUGAUGAUUCCGAUGACCAGUCGUGGCACUCGGUUUUCGACUCCACGGCUUGGGGAUCUCACGGCGACGGCCUGUUUUCCGGCGAGAUUGAGGGCGUUCCGGACGCUGAGACGGGUGGUUUCAUCUCGGGAAGCUCGUCGGAGGUGGAUUUGGAGAGUGGGGAUUUGGAGGUGAAGGUGCAUUUGGGGAAGAUCGAAAGGGAUUGCAGAAUUUGUCACUUGGAACUGGAAAGCGGCGGCGGAAGAGAUUAUAAUGAUACUCCGAUUCUGCUUGGUUGUUGCUGUCGUGGUGAUUUGGGUACCGCUCACAAGCAUUGUGCUGAGACUUGGUUCAAAAUCAAAGGAAAUACAAUUUGUGAGAUAUGUGGAGCAGCUGCACAAAAUGUUGCAAGUCAACAAAUAAAUGAACCAAGCAAUUUGGCUGCUGCUGCAGUAGCAUCUUCAGCUAUGACAGCACCCCUAACUCUCAUCGAGACUCGAACGAUCUUUCACGGUCGACGCAUUAUGAACUUUCUGCUUGCUUGCAUGCUCCUUGCAUUUGCAAUGUCCUGGCUUUUUCACUUCAAGUUAAUGUCAUAGGCUUAGGAAGAUCGCCAGUAGAAUAAAACUGGGGGAAUUCCAAGCUCUUUAGGCCUUUGUACAUAUACUUACACUUUGUUUAGUUAAUUUUGAUGAGGUUGGUUUCAUUAGAUGCA